AUGGGUUACACAGCUUCCACCGUUGAAGUCCGCCAAGAUCGGCAUCGCAGCCACCGAGACAACCGCAGCUACCCACCGGAACCUGGUUCGCCAAGUGACCGUCGGAAUCGCAGUUCCCGCCGUAGUCCUGACUAUUCAAGGUACGAUGACGAUUCCAAUCGAUCGCGUAAUCGUCGUUCCCCCAAUUUUUCUAAAUCGAGGAAUCGUAAUCGCAGUGCUAGCCGUAGUCGUAGUCGYAGUCCGGACUAUAGUAGAUACGAUAAUCCAAAUGGCUAUCGCCGUGAUCAUCGCUCCCCUGAUUAUUCUAGAUCUAGAAGGAACCCUAGCCCUAGAGUCGAACCUAUAAAUUCGAAUAGGAAAUCGACCUAUGGUGACCAAAACAGACAGUAUCUUGACCGUGAUUACAGGAACGGGAAUGGGAACGGCAACGGACCGGAGUCUGAUUCCGAUGAAGAGCUAAAAGGUGCGAGUUAUGAAGAUUACCGGAGGCUAAAACGUCAAAAAUUAAGGAAGAUGCUGAAGAAUUGUAUAUGGAAUGUAACACCUAGUCCUCCAAGGGGUGAUGGCGAACUCGACGAGCUUGAACUGGAGGAAAUUGCAGAGAAGGAUGUCGAAGAAGACAGAGAGAAGUACAAGGAUACAAAGUUUGAAUUGGAUUCAAAGACGAAGGGGGGUUCGUCUGAAUCUGAGUCUGACUCUGAUUCAGAAUCAGAUAACUCGUUAUCUGAUUCAGAUGAUUCCAGAUCUAGGAGGGGGAAGAAGAGUAAGAGUUCGAGUUCUAGGCGUAGGCGUAGAAACAGGAAAUCUGUAUCUGUGAGUGAGAGUGAAUCAGACGAUUCCACUGACAAUUCUGAAGAGGAAGAUCGGAGGAAAAAGAAAAAGAUGAAGAGRAGAUCCACCAAACGAAAGAGUAGCAGUAGCAGAAAUUCUAAGAGGAAAAGAAGAAGCAAAUCAAGAAAAAGUAAAGAUAGWGAUUCUGAAGGAAGCAGUGACAGCAAUGAACGCGAGGAACCGUUGAAGCUCAAAAGGAGUCGUAGUUCUUCCUCACAACCCAAAUCAAGCAAGAAAAGGAGUGAAAAUGGCAGCCAGAAUUCAGCAUCAGAUGAGAAUUCAGAUCCUGAAAAUGAUAUAAACAAACCCAAGGUGGAUGAUGCAGAGAAGACAGAGGUAGACAGUGAGUUGCUUAUGUUCAAAGAGAUGAUCGAGUCACGAAAGAAGCCUGCUUUGGAUGAUGAACCAGAGGUAGGGCCGAUGCCAUUGCCAAGAGCUGAAGGGCAUAUUAGCUAUGGAGGUGCACUCAGGCCUGGUGAAGGUGAUGCCAUUGCGCAGUAUGUUCAGCAAGGAAAGCGUAUCCCUCGAAGAGGAGAAGUUGGUCUUUCGGCUGAGGAGAUUAGCAAGUUUGAGGAUCUUGGCUAUGUUAUGAGCGGUAGUAGGCAUCAAAGGAUGAAUGCCAUUCGUAUCAGGAAAGAAAACCAAGUUUAUAGUGCUGAGGAUAAGCGGGCUCUAGCCAUGUUUAACUAUGAGGAAAAGGCAAAGCGAGAACAGAAAGUUAUGGCUGAUUUGCAACGAUUAGUGCAACGUCACAUUGGAGAAGAAACUGGCCCUUCUCAUGAUCCUUUUGGUGGAAGAGCAACAGAGGAUCCCGAUGCUUAAUUACAGAGUAUGAUGUCUUCCCUCUUGGCUUAUUUUGUUUGUUCUGCUGUUUUUUACGCCAUAAGAUGUUCUGAAGCAUUUGCCUGAAUUUGAAUCUGGGAGUGUGCAAUGCAAUUUCACCAUAUCACUUGUUCUAAACGUUGGAUCAUGCAAUUUUGUUCAUCUUUUUGCUGUUUUCUUUAUGCAAUUAUGUGGAACUGAAUUGAUGGAGCAUUCUUUUCUGCA